AUGAGCUCGAUCCCUCCCAAGUCCGGCCUCCAACCUCAAGGACAGAGUACCUCGACCCAGGCCCCCUCGCACUCUUCCUCUCCAUCACUUAGUGGGAAACCCUCGCCUCAGGUGCCGGUUCCCACCUCCUCUGCCACCUCAACAACGGCGCCUCGUUCCUACGCUAACGCGACCAAAAAGUCCGCGACGGACUCGACCGCCGCUCCCGUCACCGUGGGUGGCUCAUCGCAACAUGGGAAGUCGACCUCAACUUCUGUGAGCGGCAAACCCAUGCAGCAAUCUCAGCCUCCGACCAUCGUGAAUGGUGCUCCGGCUCCAGGCCCUCAAGGCGACCAUUCCAAGAAGCCCUCUGUGACUAUCACGGCGGCCUACGUUCCCAACCAGGGCCAAACCGGUCGCCCCAAUAGCCUUCAGUUCGGCUUCGCCAACCAGCAGUCCUCCCCGAACAUGGGUAAUCCCGCUGUCCUGGCUAACCAGCCUCAGCCUGGCCUGGGUGUGACCCCCCCGAUGAAUCCUCGUGCGACCUCUCCCCAGACUUCGCCCUCGCCCAUCCCUCAACCCGCCUCCAGUGGUGGCAGACCACCGCCAUCGUCAUACCAGGCUCAGGUGAACUUUGGCAGCUUUGGUGAUGCAGGUGACAAUGUAAGUGCUCCUCUUGGCCCCGGUCCUCAGUCGACCCAUUUGCGACGCGAGUCCUCUCAGUCGACACACAGCGAUAUGAGCAAUCAUAUGGGAAGUGGCCCAGGUCGUGGUGGUUAUCCCUAUCAGGGUGGCCGUGGUCGUGGACACUCGCAGUCCAGCCAUCAGGGUCAGAUCCCCUACUCACCGACUCCCAACUUCCGAUCGACUCCCAGCCAGCCUCGAGGUGGUCACAACAUGGGUCCUCAGUUCCAUGGCCCCAACCAGGGUCGACCUAUGCCUGGAUUUCCUUCACCGCAAGCAAGUCGCAGCCCAGCGCUUGCCAACUCACACCCGGUGACUCCCCAGAUGAGCCAGGUCCCUAUGGCCCAUCCUCAGAUGCCCCCCCAGCCUUAUGGCACCUAUCCGCAACACAUGGGCCCCCAAACAGUGAGACCCCAUCCCUACUCCCAAAGAUAUGCGCGUCGUGGUCCCUUUCCCAAAAGGAAACAAGGUCCCCGUACUCUGGCGUCCCCAAAUUCGCCUUUCCCUCAUUCCCAAAUCUCAUUUCCUCCCCCAAACCUUGCUCCGGAGAGCGGCCACUUUGAGCAUUAUCUGACAUUGAUGAAACAUAAUCAGGCGUACCCCUACGAUGCUAGCUACGGCUACUACCAGAAUUACCAGUAUAUGGCCCCUCCCUCGCCACAGACCCGUCCCAUCCCCUACACCCAGCCGCCCUACAUGCAGGGUCAAUAUCCCGUCACCCAAGGCCCUCCACAGGCCACCUCCUUGUCGCGAUCCCCCUCUCAGGUGUCCGCCAGUGAGCGCUCCGGUUCGAGUCUCGGCCAGGCACAGCCUGCUGCCAUCCCCUCGACUCCCGGCCAUGCACAGACUCCGAGCCGCUCGUCGAACACCCCCGCCACGAACAAGUCCCCCUUCGUGCUGCCGCAGCAAAAGAGAAACCCCAUCACCAUUCGCGAUCCUGACAGUGGCAACGUGAAGACCUUCGAGAAGACCCCUGCAUCCCCUGCGCACGCUGCUCCAUCCCCCGUGAAGCAGGCGACGCCCACCUCCACUCCUCCUCCACGAACCGGCAGCAGCACCGAUCAUGCUCGUUCUCAGUCCAAGUCCGUCAAGACGGACGAGGAGAAGAAGCAGGAAUUGAAGGAUGCCGUGUUGCAGAAGAUGCAGCAGAGCGAAGCUGAGCAGCGCCGCAAGGCGGAGGAAGAAGAGGCUGCUGCUAAGCGAAAGAAGCAGGAAGAGGAGGAAGCUGCCCUCAAGAAGCAGCAGCAGCAGCAGCAGCAGCAGCAGGAGGAGGAAGAGGAAGAAGCUGCGCGCCAGAAGAAGGAGCAAGAAGAGGCCGCUAAGAAGCAAGCUGCCGAGGAAGAGGCUGCUCGCAAGGCUCUGGAGGACCUGAACUUGAAAGAAAAGGCCAAGGAGGUCGCUGCCGAAGAACCCGCUAAGCCUUCUGAGCCUGUUCCUGCCGCGGAAGAAGAGGAGAUCGAUUUUGACGCGAUCGAACGCGAGCUGGCUGAACUUGAGGCUCAGGAGGCUGCGGCCGAAGCCGCCUAUCAAGCCAAGAAACAAGCCGAGAAAGAGGAGCGGGCGCGCAAGGAGAAGGAAGAGCAGAACGCUUGGGAGGCCAACAUGAAGCAGGCUGAGCGAGAGGCUGAAGCCGUCGAGGAGGCCCGUAUGAAGAAGCGCGAGGCUGGUGUCAGCGACGACCAGGGCAACAAGGACUUGUUCGCUUCACUCAAGAAGGGUGGAUUCGCUGCUACUGAGACCAGUACUCCCGCCGAUAGCGGAACUGCCACCCCAGUCUCCGAUGUCUCCAUGGGCCCCCCCGCCAAACCUGCGGGUGCCAAACGUGAGAAGCCUGCCGCGCUCAAGUUGGAGACCAACAAGUCCAUUGAGCCACCUCAGCCAACUGCCGGUAUGAAGUCGUUGCACUCUGCUCGCUUUGUGGAUGAUCUCAGCAAGAUCAACUACCCUGCGUCCAUUGUUUCCCCGAACCCUGCCCUGAACGCCAGCGCACCUGCCGACCGCAAGUUCCACUACAACAAGGAGUUCUUGCUGCAGUUCCAGGACGUUUUUAAGGAGAAACCUUCUAUCGAUUGGGAUGCGCGUGUGCGUGAGACCGUUGGUGAAACCGAUUCCUCCCGCCCUGCCUCUGCCCGCACCCCCAUGGCACGGAACCCCUCGCGUGGUGGUGCUCACCAGCCCGAUUUCAGGAUGGGCAACUUUGGUCAACCCCCAAGCUCGAACAGCCUGCCUCCUGGAACCACCUCCGAACAGCGCUUCGCCCUCUCCAACGCUCGCUCUAGCUCCAUGGGCUCCAACGCCUUCGGCCAGUUCACUCGUUUGGGACUGGGUGUAGGCGCUCCAUCGCUCAGCCGCACCAACUCCGCUCAUGCCAUGCACCCCGGUAUGCCCUCAUCUCCCCGUGUUGGUUCCAGCAACCGCUCUGGUACCCGCACUGGCAGCAAGCGGGAUAAGCAUCAAGCGAAGAAGGAGGAGGACAUGGCAAAGUCCAUGCCACUCACCCAGGGAAUGGAGAUCAAGACCCUUCAAAUUUCUGCUUCCGGCUGGAAAGCUCGAUCGCUUGGACAGCCUACCGCUGCUGGCCCUACUCCUGGUGGCGGUACUGCACACAUGGCUCCCGACGUGGUGCAGCGCAAGGUCAAGGCGGCUCUGAACAAGAUGACCCCGGAGAACUUCGAUCGUAUUUCUGGUCAAAUCUUGGAGAUUGUCUCUCAGUCCAAGGACGAAUCCGAUGGACGAACCCUGCGACAAGUCAUCCAGCUUACCUUCGAGAAGGCCACUGAUGAGGCUCACUGGGCAUCGAUCUAUGCUAAGUUCUGCAAGAGUAUGCUGGAGAGCAUGAGUGCCGAGAUCAAGGAUGAGAACAUCCGCGACCGCAAUGGCAACAUUGUUACCGGAGGUAGCCUGUUCCGCAAGUAUCUCCUCAACCGUUGCCAGGAGGAGUUCGAGCGUGGUUGGAAGAUCAACCUGCCUCCUAAGCCUGAGGGAGUGACCGAGGAGGUUGCUAUGAUGUCGGACGAGUACUAUACUGCUGCUGCCGCUAAGCGCCGUGGUCUUGGUCUCGUCAAGUUCAUUGGUGAACUUUACAAGCUGGGCAUGUUGACAGAACGUAUCAUGCACGAGUGUGUAAAGAAACUGGUUGACUACGAAGGUGUCCCUGAUGAGGCUGAGGUUGAAAGUUUGACCAGUCUCUUGCGCACUAUCGGUGCCAGUCUGGAUGCAUCCGAGAAGGGCCAUGCCUUGGUGGACGCCUACUUCCACCGUAUCAACCUGAUGGUCCAGAUCCAGGGUCUUCCUAGUCGAUUGAGAUUUAUGUUGAUGGAUAUUAUUGAUUUGCGUUCUGCACGCUGGGUCUCCAAGGACUCCGAUAAGGGCCCCAAGACUAUUCAUGAAAUCCGCGAAGCGGCUGCUCGUGCUCAGCAAGAAGCUGAGAUGGAACGUAUUCGCCAGCAAGCAACCCGCGGCGGCGGCGGUCGUCCUACUAUGGGCCGUGGCGAUGCUCGCAGCUUCUCCUCAGGCUACGGACAGGCCCCUCCUCCUGAUUACGCCUCUAGCAAGGUUGGAAGUGAUGACCUUCGCCGUCUGCGCACUUCUCGCAACACCAACCAGCCUAUGUCUUUCGGACCUUCUAGCAUGCUUGGCUCCCGCAGCAACAGCGGGCGCAAGAACCUUGGCCCUGGAGGCAACUUGGUUCGUGGUAGCGAUGACAGCGGUGCCAGCAGCCGGACUGGGACGCCCCCUGCCGGUAAGAAGGAAGACAAGGAGGCAGCGUCCUCGAUCAACGCCUUCAGUGCUCUUGCCCAAUUGCAAGAUCAGGACAACAUGGCCACCUCUCCCCCAUCCAACCCUACCUCUCCUCUGCUGACGAAGUCGCAACCUGCGGUUGAGCGCCGACCAUCAAAAACCCCAUCGAAGGACGGUGAGGAAACAUCAUAG